ACCCCAAAGUCCAAAUAGUGUAUAUUGUAGUACAGUUCAGACAAAAGCCCAAGAAAUAAAAAAAUAAAAAAAAGGGAUUUUAUCUUCUUACCCUAUCUUUCAUUUUCUCCUUGUCUCUCUGCCAAAAGAACCAGAACCUUCUUCCAAAACCCAACAAUGGCGUGAAAGGGUUUUAAGGGUUAUUCUCCUCUCUAAUAUAAUAAGACUAUGAGUGAGGUUAAGGAGCCUUAUAUCUGUUGGGAAGCAAUUGUUAAUGGAACCGCCGGAGAAGCGGAGUUGGACAAUAUACUUAGCAUUUUGGAUUAUCCGGUCGAAAGUUUCGAAGGCGAUGAAGAGUUUGUUGGAGAUUGGGAUUCUACCAAGUCCGAAUUUCUCGGCCCUAUUCCGUCCGAUGUCCUGAUUGGGCAGCCCGUGAUCGGUCAUAACAAAUCCACUCCAAUUGCUCCGGUCGAUGCAACUCCUUACCCAAACAAGUCAAUUGAGGUCAAAGAACAGGGUAUAUUCCAAACACAAAGCCCUGUUUCUGUCCUUGAAAGUAGCAGGUCAACAUCAUCCGGCAAAAGCCCGCUUAUCAAAUCACGUAUUACCAAACGAGCCCGAUCCAAACGGGCAAGAAAGCCCUCAGGUUUAAGCCCAUGGCAUCUGAUUCCAACUCUGUUUGCCAGCUGUCCGGAUGCGGUGAAAAAAAGAGGGAGGAGAAAGAAACUGCCUCAGCAAGCAAUUGAAAACUCCUCAUCCCUCAAGGCGAUUAUUCAAUUCCAAGGCUGCUCCGAGCGUCCGACGGAGCUGCAAUCCUCCGCUGCGCAGCAGCGCAGCCCCACCGCUACUACUAAGAGGUGCACGCAUUGCCAAGUCAUGAAAACGCCUCAGUGGAGGGAGGGUCCGGCUGGACCCAAGACACUGUGCAAUGCAUGUGGGGUCCGCUACCGGUCUGGCAGACUCUUCCCAGAGUACCGGCCAGCAGCAAGUCCGACUUUUGUGCCGACCGUGCACUCGAACUCGCACAGGAAGGUGGUGGAGAUGAGGACCAAAGGGCAAAACGGUAAAAUCGAGGAGCGGUCGGUGGUGGUAGAGACGAGGACAGAGGGGCAAAAUGGUAAAAUCGAGGAGCGGUCGGUGGUGAUAGAGACGAGGACCGAGGGGCAAAAUGGUAAAACCGAGGAGCGGUCGAUGGAGGUAAUUGUUCCCGUGAGUAGUAGUAGCUGUUCGUUUGAUCAUGUAUGCUGAAAAAAAAAAAAGAUGCUGGUUGCUGUGUCUUUCGUUUUCGUGUUUUUAAUGGUGAGAUGUAGUUAGAACAUUGUACAAAAAUGGAGGUGAGUUCUCUACUAGAUUAGGAGAAUUUAAUUAUCAGAGGAAUUGGAGCUGUUGACUAGAUUAAAAAGAUGGUAAGAUUUUCUAAGUGAUGUUAUCUUGAAAUUAAGACAUGUUUUUUUUAUCUCAUCACAUUCUUGUUU